CAAGGUGUGAGUGGAGGACGCAUGUGUAUGUAGCGUGCACCCUUCCACACCGAAUUGAGAUUGCCCUUCUUCGUUUCUUUCUCGUUCUCGAUCUCUCUCGAUUUUUUCAUCCCUUUUUCUCCAUAAACAAUCGGAGGGAAUCGAAAUUCCGCCGCAGAAUGGAGGACUUACCGUUACCGGCGCUGUUUGAGCAAGCCCGCAAGAUCCACGCCGCGGCCACCGACUCCGGCGCCGACCAGGAGGUCGUGAAAAAGGGUUGCGAAGCCCUGCGUAGGUGCGAGGACAUGGUAAAUAAUCUAGGUUUGUUCUCUCUCAACGAGACCAAAGAAGAUAUCGGCACCACCAAUCUCAAGUAUAUUCUGGUGCCAUUUUAUCUUGCUGAGUUGACUGAAAAAAUAGCACAGGAUGACAGGAUACCGAUUCUAAAGGCAUCCCAGGCAAAACUAAAGGAAUUUAUCUCAUUUUGUGAAGCAAUGGAGCUGGUCCCAAAAGAGGAGUUAGAAUCUUACACUGAAGGGGCACCACAAUCUGUUGCUGAUCAGAGGGCCAGGAAGAUUGCUAGGUUCAAACGUCAGAGAGCUGCAGAAUCAAAGUUGUUGGAAAUAAAGGAGCGAAAGGAGCGGCGUGGGCGUUCUACUAAAGCUGCUGCCCUGUCCACCCCUGUUGAGGCAGGAGAGGAAGAAGUAUUGGAUGAUGAUGGGGAAGAAGAAAGAGAGGCUUGGAGCACUACCAUAUCUUUGGCAAUCUGUAAGGCAUUAGAUCUGCUGGAAAUGUUAAAGAAAGAGGAGGAGAUGCUGUCUGCUGUAAAGGAUAGACAAUCCAAGGAUGGAGAUAAGGAGUUCUCUAGAGAUGUUCUUGAUGAACGUGCCAAGAAAGCAGAAACUUGGCAUCGUGAUGCAGCACUUCGUGCACAGUACACUAAGCCAUCACCACCAAUCACGUGUGCCACUUUUGCUCAAGAUGUUCUAGAAGGAAGAGCAAAGGCUUCACAAGCACAUGAGCAUAAACACCAACCACUAAUAUUUGGACCAGCCAGCCUUGUGAAUGGAAGCAUAACAACAGAGAGAGAACGAAUGGCAGCUCAGGUCUUCCAACCUAGUCAUAGGUUGCCAACUAUGAGCAUUGAGGAAGCUGGGCUAAAAGAAAUGGAAAUAAUGAAUAAAUGGCAAGAGAGAAAUGUCAGACUCAUGGAAGAAGCCAAUUCAUCUUGGUACAAGGAUAGGAAGUCAAAGCCAGGAGAAGACGAUGAUGACGAUGAAGAUGAUGAUGCUGCACAGGAGAAAGCAAGGGCUUUUGAUGACUGGAAGGAUGACAAUCCACGAGGUGCAGGAAAUAAGAAACUUACCCCUUGUGGGUAAGGUGAGUUCUUCCCUGGCUUGAGACUAAUGGGUUCGGGAUAAAUCUGAUUUUUAACAAAAUCCCGUAAUUUGUAGUUCGUAUACUCGUAGUUAGAUUGUGUUAAGAUAUGUAUACCAGGAUUUCCAUUUGAUUACAUGUGUAUAUUCUUGGAGUGCAAGUAGGGUUCUACCCCACCUUGCCCCUUUUAUUAUGUUUUGCAUGCUCUUUCCUACGGAUACUUGUGGGAUUAGAGCUUGCUUUACAAUUUGCACCAAAAAUAACGAAGCAUGAGAUUUGUCUUAUUGGAUUACUGAUUAAA